GAAAAUAAAGUUCUUAUGUGCUUUAUAUUAACUUGGUUUUUCUCUAAUGAUUUCUAUCUGUUUGUAUUGCAGGUUCUAAAAUAUAGUAAGCAUUGUAGAGUCUGUGACAAAUGCGUUGAUGGCUUUGAUCAUCAUUGCAGGUGGAUCAAUAACUGCAUAGGAAGAAAAAAUUACAAAAGGUUCUUCAUCCUCAUGGUGUUUGCUCUUCUCUUGCUUAUUCUGCAGUGGGCUGUUGGGAUGCUUGUGCUGAUACUGUGUUUUGUUGAGAGAAGGAGAUUUUCUGCUGAAAUUGUUUCAAAGCUGGGUAGUAGCUUUUCCUUGGCACCCUUUAUCAUUGUGGUGGCUGUGUGCACUUUAUUAGCCAUGGUUGCUACUCUUCCAGUUGCACAACUUUUCUUCUUCCAUAUUCUUUUAAUAAAAAAGGGAAUCAGCACCUAUGAUUACAUUAUUGCUUUGAGGGAGCAAGAUCAGGAGCAGGAGCAACUUGCUGUUGGUGGGCAGCAAAGUCCGCAAAUGUCCCAAGUGAGCUCUUUUACUGGACUAAGCAGCACCAGUUCUUUCAAUCAAUUCCAUCGCGGUGCAUGGUGUACUCCGCCAAGAUUAUUCCUUGAGGAUCAGGUAUCAUACUUUCAUUAUUUAGAAAGUUAUUGUGAAUGUAAUUUACCAUGGUUAAGAUUAUUUUGA